AUGAUCCAUCUUCGGAACAGCUUCACUGAAACGCUCAAAGCAUUGGACGCGGCUGCGUCCAUACAAGGUGUGCUACUGACGAGUGAAUUUGCCCCAAAAGUGUUCUCGGCUGGACUGGACUUUAACGAAGUCGACAACGCCACACAGGAAGACUUCAAAGACUAUUGGCUUAUGUGUGAGAAGAUGUGGAAGGCAUGGUAUGGGACACAGCACACCUGUGGCACACCCUUAGCGCAGCACGCACCGAAGCGAGUGGGUGGUACAUACUAG